AUGCCCACCCACAGCCAUGGGUUGAUGCGCGUAUUCUGGGCAGAAGACGCGCCAAGAGAGCGCAUACCGGGCGUACUUGUGGGAUGGAGGAACUCGGAUUUGGAUGUCCUGGUCRUUGGCGUUUUGCAGGGCGUGGACGCCCGAAAUGUUGAACAUGCUCUGCGCAUGCGAACCCUCUUCAGAGGCAGUCMGCACUCCAUCGACAAGCUUACGGCACAUUGCGGUGGACAGCAGCUGCAAGUUCUGGGAACAUUGAACUCGGACACACCGCCAGUGCCAUUCGAUCCGAAACUACUAUCGUUGCAUACCGUUCCUCGAAGCAGCACCCCAAGGGUUGAUUGCCCUCCGGAUGUGCCAAUAAACAUUCAAAUCAUCACCUUUGCCAGGCCCGAUCCGAGGCGAAUGCAGUACCUAUCCCUCACCCCGAUUUCGCUGGCCCUGGGAGAUAAGCAGGCCAGAAUUGACGAAGAUGAAGAGCGCGAGAAAAGGCGAAAGGAGAGGCUGGUGGAAAAGCUCAGGGAGCACACUGUAGUGCGACAUGAGCGUACCGAGAAAGAGCUGGCACUGUAUGACAUUGUCACCCAGAUCAAUUGUUCGGCAGAGCUCAACACCCUGCUCCAGCAAAAUAUAGGCAUGGUCGGCGUGAGGACGAAGAGAACAAUGAGUGUCAGUGAGCGGGUGGUGGAGUCCGCGAAUAAUCUCUGGGAAUUUGUUCUUCUCUGGUCAAAGGAAGCCUUUUGGCUGCACAUCUGGCCGCUCGCCUCCAAGGCGUUCAUUCUGUACCUUAUGAUGCUUCGGAUCGCCGCGGAAGGAAUCUUACAAGCUCUGGCCUGGCAACCCACGGGACGCACAGCACUUCGCGAUAUCUCUGCGACUGCGCAGCAAGUCGACAUUCGGCUCCAGCAGUUCUGCUACUGGCCCGACCAGUACGUGACCUUACACGCAAGGCGCAACGACUGGGAAAGCAUCACCAACAGCCACCCGGAUUACAUUCGCUUCUUCAACAGUUUAUGGCUUGUCGCCAACGAUGUCAUUAUCGGCAUUGCGCUCGGGUCUUACAUUAUCGAGAAUGUGGACUUUGUUGCCGCAAAUGUGGAUCGAAUUAUAGCCUCGUAUUCUAUUGAAGACCUACAACAGAUGCUCAAAUGGCUGGAACGCGACCCAGCUGGAUUGAAACUCAACGAGGAGCUGGCUACCUUCCUUGGAGAUCUCUUCCUUUGGGUGAUUGAGUACUGGAACAACAUGUGCAUGGUCUAUGUCCGUCCGGCAUUGCCAAUGGUCAUCCGUUGCAUUGGAGUGUCAAGUUUUGCAGGAGCCAGUCUACCCAUUAGCAUGUUCUCGGAUCUGCUCAGUGUCCUCACCCUCCACAUUUACUCUUUUUACAUCGCAAGCGCUCGGAUUUACAAUUGGCAGCUCUCAAUCAUCCAGUCCCUCUUUCACCUUUUCCGCGGAAAGAAGCGGAACAUUCUUCGGAAUCGCAUCGACAGCUGUGACUACGAUCUCGACCAGUUGCUCCUUGGCACAAUUCUCUUCACCCUUCUCUUCUUCCUCCUCCCGACCGUCGCAGUAUUCUACGCCACCUUCGCCGGAGCUCGUAUGGCCAUCAUCGCGCUCAAGGCGGCGCUGGAUACUUGGCUGGCAUGUCUGAACCACUUUCCUCUCUUUGCGCUCAUGCUGCGCGUCAAGGACUCCAGGCGUCUGCCCGGUGGCAUACGUUUCGAAUUGCAAGAUACCCCUCGCGCGUUGCUUUCUGAUUCUUCUGCUGCUGUCAAGGCGGCRCCUACAUCGUGCAUCAAAAUGAAGUCCGUUCCGUUACCGCUCUCCCAGACUUUCUCGCAAUACGCACAGCUCGGGCAUCGUUUGAGAAAGCACUACCUCUCACCCAAGGUCUUCCUCAGCUUAAUGCUUGGAAAAUUSGUAAGAUGA